AUGAAAGGCAACCAUGCACUGCCAAAUAAUCAUUUCCGCAAAACCUCUCUAAAGAUAAGGAUCCACCACGAUCCAGAGACGAAGGCGAGGGUGAUGGCUGAGAAGAAGCUCCGAAAGGCCAAGGCUCUAUUUCCGAUGCCCCUGAAGAAGCUUAGACCCAUAGUCCGAUGCCCUACUAUCAAGUACAACAGGAACGAAAGACUCGGCAGGGGCUUUACUGCAGCUGAGUGCGAAAAGGCUGGGCUUGAUUACAGGCAUGCCAGGCGCCUUGGGAUAGCUGUUGACCUGAGGAGGCGGGACACUAACCAGGAAGCAUUUGAUAAGAAUGUGGAGCGCAUCAAAACCUAUUUGGGCAAGAUCACUAUAUACGAAAGCGUGAAGGAGGCAAGGGAGAGCGGUGCCAAGCCCUAUACAAAGGAAAUCAUGCCCUUUGUCAAGCCCAAGCCUGUUGUGGGAUCGAUUUCAAGGGAGGAGGUUGCCUCUUACGAAUAA